AUGUAUCAAAAUUUAUACAGUUCGAUCCAUUAUCGGAAUUUAGUCAUCGCUCAACAUGUUUUCUUCAAAAUACUCGGACUAUCACCCUGGACGGUUAGUUUCCCAGAAAAGCUCCCCAAAAAUCGUAAUGGAAGAAUAAAAUUCUGCAAAUUUUCGUACCUUGGUUCUUUUUACAACAUAUUAUUGAUAAUACUUGCAAUUUCAUUAUCUGUGUUUACUUUUUAUCAGCGUUACACCGCGCUACCAUUAGCCGAUGCUUUAGUGACGCAUUCAAGGAUGAUAACCUUUCAAUUGUUAUCCCUGCUAGUGAUGAGCCUAAUUUUCAUAAUUUACACUGUGCGACAGAAGCGAAUGAUCAUCGUCUUGAACAAAAUCUACAAUGUGGACCUUAUAUUACAAAAAUACACCUUUAUAAAGAAUUGCAAUUCAUCUAAAAACGACAGCGUUAUUAUCAAUUUGAUUUUCAUCCUGCACUUGAUAAUUAGCGUUUUCUUCCUGUCAGUGGGAUUAUUCUUGCCGUCAUAUUUCGAAACUCUACUGCGAGUCGCUCCCUGGAUUCUCUUCUGCUGGGUCAUAGAGCAGUAUACGAUUUUACUGGAUAUGGUCAGAAAAAGAUUGAAGUUCAUCAAUUCAUAUAUCAUGAAGCUGGGACCAGCAGAAGUGGAUCUAGAAAAAUCACGGCCGAUGUUUUUUAUUAAACCAUCAAUUUUAUAUGAACGGAUCCUUCAUGAAGUCAUUAACAUCAAGCACACUUACAAAGACCUGUGUGAAAUUUGUGAAGACAUUGCUUGUUUUUACGGAGAGUCAGUUCUGGUUGUCAUCAUGUUCAACGGAAGUGGUGUUAUUGUUCUUUCGUACUUCAUACUAUUGUCUUUUUACGGACAAAUUGAAUUACCUCUGAUCAUGUGUUUCAAUGAAAGCGUGUUUAUACUUUGGACAGUGUUUCAAUUAAUUGCUCUCACUACUUAUGUUUCAUUAAUAUUAAAAGAGGUGAGUAGCACUCACAGUAAAAAAUUUUGCGUUGUUACGUCAAAAAAUUUUGUUAUGGUUCAUGAAAAAGUCGAAAAAGAACUGGUUAACUUUCUACGCGAGCUUACAUUUCGAAAAAUAAAAUUCACAGCUUGUGAAAUAAUUUCAAUAGAUCGUUCAUUUUUAGCAAGCGUAAGCCGCUGGUACAAUUGCAACUUAUCUAAUUAUUCUCAUACAAUUCCGUAUGAGCACGCCUUCACAAUAAUUCACGACUUAAAAUCAAUUAAAAAAUUAUUAUUAAUUUUUUCACGUUCACUAAAUUGA